GGCGGCGUUGCCGCGUCGAGGUUUGUGCGGAAGUUAUGGGGGAAGAAUAACGGCAACGUUGCGAGAUGUUGUAGUCGGACGGUUCGGUUUGGGAAAUUCGUUGUAGUUUCAUAAUCGAGCCAGCCUUGAAACUACAACUACAACAAAUCGAACGGAUUCGCCUACUCGAUAUCGCGACCAGAAUUACAUUCGAUUAGAAUUUUAUAGAAUUACCGGGCCGGUCCCAAAAGUAAAUUACGCCGAGACAAACGACGAGGAAAAUUAAUCAAUCGAGAUGAUGAGACGAUUAGGCGCAACUACUUAGAGAUUAUAUGGGCAUCUCUAAUGGAUUGAUUGGCGGAUGAUCGAACCGGGCGAAGGCGGGACGGGGCCUAUAAAUGCGGAGAGCGGUACUAAUUUUUUUUCAAGUAUUCGUAUUAUGUGGUGCGAGUUCGACAAUAUGGGCGAAAACGACGACGACAACAGCGAAUUGAGCGAGCACAGAUUCCUGACCAAAGGCGCCUUCCUGCUGACCCCCUCGCACGAUCUGAGCCUCGACAAGGCCGCCAACAUUUGCGACAAACUCAACUUCCGCGGAAGUUUCAGCCUGACGAAAACGGCCACCGGUAUAUUGUUCAAAUUCUCCGAGCCCGAAGACUUCCAGCAAGUUUUCCGCAAGGGUUUUCACAAGGUGACAGGCGGACGAUUGUAUAGAAAAGUGGCGAUUCCCUGCAGGCCGCAGAAAACCUUCUCCCUGCUGGUCUUCGAAGUACCAUCUGAUCUUCCUGAAGACGAUGUCAGGGCUAGUCUCUACCGGUACUGCUCCGUGGUCGAAGUGACCAGACUCCCGAUACGUUUGGACCAAUCACCGGGCGCCCCGCCACCAAUCAGGAUCACCGUGGCCUCCUUGGACGAUUACAACAGCCUUUUGCAACAAGGUUUGGAUUUCUACGGGGCGACCUACUUUCCCACGGAGCCGCUGAAGAAGGAGCAGCUGGGCCAGCUGCGCGGCAGCAAAGAGAAGCUGCUGCCCGUUUUCGAUUCGUCGGGGUUUUCGCGCAUCCCGCCGCCCCCGACGCGCACCCUCAAACCCAUGCGAUCGUAA